UGCACGUAUGUAUACAUAUGUAUAUAUAUAAGUAUAUAUCUGUAUGUGACUGACACUGUCUUGAUACAUACAUAUUUAUAUUUAAAUGCGUGUGUUGAUAGUGACAAAAAGGACCGUUUUUAAUCUGUCACCUGAGAUACACUAUUUCAUGAAGACAGGGAGUUCCGAGUGUUGAACCCAGAGAAAAGUUUUGAAGAAGUUUGACAUUUAGAAAAGAAUAGGUGGUGACCCUGUUGUUACGGUAACAACAAAUUGGAUGUCCAGUGGUAGCGAAACACAGACCUCUUCACCUCCUCCAACCAAACGAUCGAGAGUGGAAUCUGAACCUCCAGCUGCUCUUAACUGCUGUAAUACCAACAACAUCUCUCCUGUCAAAACGAUUGAUAUGGCCAAGAAUGGGACUGAAGACCAAAACAUCAUUGAUGAAAGUUUGUACUCCCGUCAACUAUAUGUAUUGGGACACGAUGCUAUGCGGCGCAUGGCACACUCAAACAUACUUAUUUCGGGCAUCAAAGGACUUGGCGUCGAAAUAGCCAAGAAUGUUGUUCUGGGUGGUGUGAAAUCCGUCACAAUCCACGACACUGAAAAUGCUGAAUGGGCUGACCUGGCAUCGCAGUUCUUCCUGCGAGAAGAGGAUGUUGGCAAGAACCGUGCUGAAGUCAGUGCCCCACGACUGGCAGAAUUGAACAACUAUGUCCCGGUGAAUUGUUAUAUGGGUGAUUUGAAUGAAGAGUUCUUGAAAAAAUUCCAGGUUAUUGUGCUGACCACCAGUAAUUUGGACGAGCAACAAAGAAUAAAUGACCUCUGUCGGAAAUUUGGAAUGAAGUUCAUUGUAGCCAGUACUAAAGGCUUGUUUGGGCAAAUUUUCUGUGAUUUCGGCAGUGGUUUUGUAGUUGCAGAUGUGGAUGGUGAACAACCCAUAACUAACAUGGUGGCUUCUAUCACAAAGGACUCUGAAGGUAUUGUCACAUGUUUAGACGAGGCCAGACAUGGUUAUGAAGAUGGUGAUUAUGUAUCGUUUAGUGAAGUUCAAGGAAUGAUAAAUCUCAAUUCUUCAGAUCCAAUCAAAAUAAAGGUUCUGGGACCGUACACAUUCAGCAUUGGAGAUACCACAGCCCAUCCUCAAUAUAACUGCGGAGGGAUUGUGAAGAAAGUAAAAAUGCCCAAAAAAUUAGAUUUUAAACCCUUGAGAGAAGCCAUUGCAAACCCUGAAUACGUUGUGACUGAUUUUGCCAAAUUUGAUCGCCCUCCUCUUCUACAUUUGGCCUUCCAAGCCCUGGAUGAAUAUGUGAAAACCCAUAGUUCUUCGCCCAGACCCAGGAAUGAGGAAGAUGCCGAAAAAUUUCUUGCCAUCUGUAAAGAGCUAAAUGCUGGUUCUGCCAACGCAGUUGAAGAACUGGAUGAGAAAGUGCUGAAAGAGUUCUCAUACCAAUCUCGUGGCGACAUAUGUCCGAUCCAGGCUUUCAUUGGUGGAGUAACGGCCCAAGAAGUUAUGAAGGCAUGUAGUGGCAAGUUUAUGCCAAUUUUCCAAUACCUCUACUUCGACUCCUUGGAAUCUCUCUAUGGGAAUGGAACCCCAGAUAAUCUCACUGAAGAAACAUGUAAAGCUAAAAACUGUCGUUACGAUGGACAAAUAAUGGUGUUUGGUGAGGCGUUUCAGAAAACUCUUGCUGACCUGAAGUAUUUCUUGGUUGGCGCCGGUGCUAUUGGCUGUGAAAUGUUAAAGAACUGGUCCAUGAUGGGUCUGGCAGCAGGAGGUUCUGGUAGUGUGGUGGUCACUGAUAUGGACCUUAUUGAGAAGUCUAAUUUGAAUCGUCAGUUCCUCUUCAGGCCCUGGGAUGUCCAGAAAUCAAAAUCCCACUGCGCUGCUGCUGCUGUCAAAAGCAUGAACCCCUCCCUCAAUAUAAUUCCUCACGAGAACCGUGUCGGACCAGACACUGAGAACAUCUAUACUGAUGACUUCUUUGAAAAUCUCGAUGCUGUCACCAAUGCCCUGGACAAUGUGGAUGCAAGAAUGUAUAUAGACAGACGUUGUGUAUACUAUUGUAAACCCCUUUUGGAAUCUGGAACCCUUGGCACAAAAGGAAAUGUUCAAGUUGUCAUCCCACAUUUAACUGAGUCUUAUUCAUCGUCACAAGACCCCCCAGAGAAGUCCAUUCCAAUUUGUACCCUGAAGAAUUUCCCCAACUCCAUAGAACACACUCUACAGUGGGCCCGCGACCAGUUUGAGGGUUUUUUCAAACAACCAAUGGAGAAUGCAGCUCAGUACAUAUCUGAUCCUAAAUUCAUGGAGAGAAUCUUAAAGUUAGGUGGUAACCAGCCGGUUGAAACCUUAGAAUCUGUGAAGAGGGCACUGAUCAAUGAGAAGCCACACAGUUUCCAGGAUUGUGUGGUUUGGGCUCGAACCAUGUGGCAGGAAAACUACAGUAACCAAAUCAGACAGCUACUCUUCAACUUCCCUUCUGACCAGGUGACCAGUUCUGGAGCCCCCUUCUGGUCUGGACCGAAACGCUGUCCGCAUGGAUUGAAUUUUGAUGUUAAUAACCCAGUGCACCUCGACUACAUUGUGGCUGCAGCUAACCUUAGAGCAGAGAUGUACGGUAUCAAACAGCUACGUGACCGACUGGCCGUCUCGGAGCUGGUGCAGAAGGUUGAUCUCCCAGAGUUUGUCCCCAAAUCUGGCAUCAGGAUUGAUCUCACUGAUGCUGAAGCACAAUCCCGGCAGAAUGAUGCCAACUAUGAUGAAGAGCAGAUCCAGAUAUUGAGGGAUAGUCUACCAAGCCCUGAAUCCUUAUCCAGCAUCAAGCUGACUCCUAUUGAAUUUGAAAAGGACGACGACGACAAUCUUCACAUGGAUUUCAUUGUUGCAGCUUCGAAUUUGAGGGCCGAGAACUACGACAUCCCACCUGCUGACAAGCACAAGAGUAAACUGAUUGCUGGUAAAAUCAUCCCCGCCAUUGCCACGACCACCUCUUUGAUUGUUGGUUUGGUGUGUCUGGAGAUGUGUAAGUUAGUCCAGAAGCACAAGAAAAUAGAAUCAUAUAAAAACGGUUUUGUUAAUUUGGCGUUGCCAUUCUUUGCCUUCUCCGAACCAAUCUUGGCACCAAAACACAAGUAUUAUGACACAGAGUUCAGUUUGUGGGACAGGUUUGAGGUCCAAGGUGACAUGACUUUAAAGGAAUUCAUUGAUUAUUUCCAGACCAAGUACGACCUUGAGAUAACCAUGUUGUCACAGGGUGUGUGUAUGUUAUACUCCUUCUUUAUGACCCCUUCAAAACGACAGGAGCGCAUGGUCCUACCGUUGUCAGAGGUGGUGAAACGGGUGUCCAAGAAGAAGAUCCCUCCUUAUGUCAAGGCCCUUGUGCUGGAGCUCUGCUGUAACGACAGUGACGGGGUUGAUGUUGAGGUGCCUUAUGUGAAGUACCUCUUGCCUGCACACCAUUGAACACAUACUCCUCUCACUGCACCUCCUCUCACACUCUUUCUCUUCUCUCUUCCUUUCUCUCUCUCUCACACAAUUACACGGACACACAGACACACACAUACCUACAUACAUUUGCUAUGCCUGUUUAGAAGCCAUUCCUGCUGCUAUCACAACCCAACUGAUUGUUAUUUUUGCCUAGUCAAACGGGAACCGCUAUUAUUACUACUAUUACUAUUAAUAUUGUUGUUGCUUAAGGUGUUGGGCUAAGUAGAGUCAGUAGUGUACAACCAAACGCCUCAUGGUACUUGGACUUCUGAGUUCAAACCCCGCCAAGGGCUGAUUUUUUUUACUCAGGUCCUUCUGCCGGGCUGAUAAAAUAUAAGUACCUGUUAUGUACUGGGGUGUUGGUGAGAUAAUCAUCUGUGCCCUGCCCCUUAUUUCCUCUCUUUCAUACACCUAACCCCUCCCACAGUAAUUUGGGACCUUGUGAUUAGAUUACUAAUCCUUGUUAAUUAAUUAAUUAGAGCGGUAGAUUGGCAGGAGGUGCAGAGUGGUGGACCGAAAUGCCUUGUGGUAUUUUAAUCCUAUCCCUUUACAUUCUGAUCUCAAGCAUCGUUCUGGGGAGUCAUGAUGGGUCUCUGUCAACAACAGCAGCCCUCAUGAGCUGUCGGGCUUGAUACAAAUCAUUAAAUCAACUGCUUCUCACUGCCUUCCCCUCCUUCAAGAAAAACUUGAGGCCUAUUUCCAUUAAAAAUAAUAUAUUGAUAUUUGGCAGAAGUAACAGAGCGACCCCAGGGCCAAGAAUUUCAUGCGUUAGCACUUAAAAAAACUAGCUACAAAUCCAAGGGUUAUAAAUUUAUAUGCUGGCGAUCACAGUGUUUCCCCUAACCCUUUGAUUCGUAACUAGUUUGGUAAGGGCUUGACGUAUGAAGCACUUGGUCCUUAAGUCAUUCUGUCGCUUCUACUAAAUAUUAACAAAUGUUUACAUGGGUAAGAUCCGGGGACCCAAGUGUAGGAAGUUUGUAAUUAUUACAUCAGAGGAUCAGCUAGCUAAAAAAAGACCCCAUCUUGCCUGGAUUUUACCUGUUUUAGUCCCUAAACUCAUGUUUUGAGU